AUGGCCCUGGCUUGCGUUCUCCCGUACCAGUAUCACCGUUUAUAUCGAGAGGCUUUUGCAGGUAUUUUCCGCAUCUUAAGCCGAUGGGAGUCAAUAUGCGACGAAUCGAUGAUCGAUCUAUUUCUUCUUGUGGAGCAUUUACCAUCUCCGAAGUUGUCCAUCCGAGUAUGGGAUGGGGAUUAUGAGGACGCCACUGUUGAAGACCUCUGGCAGAUGGACAUGGUAGCCUACCUUGUGCAUCUCACGACACAAGACGCUUCAGCAUAUCCUAUACUACACAAUGUCAGGUCACUAGGUCUUGAAACUGCCAUGACCAACAUGCGACCUUCGGCGUUCUUUGAGCUUUUGAGCCGGUUGCCCAAUGCUCGCCGUGUUUCAGCUGGAGAAAGUUUCUUCAUAGAACCAUUUGCACUCCGCGCCCUCCGCGAGGAAAGACAAAUACUGGUCCGUUGUCUUUCUCUAGUCCCGCCUUCGGUCGAGGAGUUCGAGUAUGAGAUUUCACCGGAACGAGAAAUGUCGUGGGCGCCGGUUGAGAAUGCGGCCAAUUAUCUGUCGGUCAGGGGGCUGGACGAGCUCUCCAUUGCCUUUCGAACACUCUCCAUGCGACUGAGAGUCCUUCAUCUGACUAGUGUACGGGUAAACAGUGAACUGUUUUGGGCAUCACCUCAGGAAGACAGGGUCAUCGUUGAUACACUUCACUGGCCGCUGCUAGAGGUCAUUACAAUAACAGACACACCUCCAUAUACAGCAGACGGAAACUGGAUUCUGGAAGUUGAUCCCAACAAAGGGCCACUGAUGGAAAUGGAGGAUUUUGACAAUGGAUGGGAUUACGAUGAAUUGGGAUUUGACGCACGGGGACUGAUUAGAAGUGACGAAGUCGACAAGCUCUACUCGGCAAUGGGCAAGGCUGCGCAGAGAAUGCCACGGCUGAGAUACCUUGAGUUCGGGUUCCGCAGUGGAACUACAGACUCUGAAGGCUUGAUAUUCGGUCGAAAUAUGGAGACAGAAGAGGCUUAUUUAGUGAUUAACACAGACUGGGAAUAUGAUCUUGGAGAAGAGGUCAUGACGGCCUGGGGCUCAGAGGGUGAAAAGGCCAAGAAAUUCCAGACACGUUGGAUAAUCCAAUUCGAUCGCUGGCCUUCGGGAGAUACUGGCAUCGGGGAGGAGAAAAUGUCGGCACGUCCUAUCUGA